AUGCCGGAAGCGCAAUGUCAGACGACAGGUGCAGUGAUCUCUGUGUCUGAUACGAGAGUCUUUGCAAGGAUCGCGAACAUCACCACAUCCCGCACGGAUGUCGAAGAGCGCGACUACGAGAAGGAGAUGAAGCGGCGAUGGACGGACAUCCACACUGCUCAUAUGCGCUUACUGAAGGUUGGCCAUAGAAUCGAGGAGCGCUACGACGGUGAUAUGACGAGUCUUGAGUACUACGGCCGCCUGGACGCUACCGGACGAGUUCGACUCUUUUCGAAGGUGGAGGGUGAGUCCUACAGAGCGUUGAAAAACUGCCACUUCCCUGAUGCGGUGUUCGACGAACCCACCACCGAGGACUAUGAGGUACUCCGACCGAAGCUGUUAUACCUGCGCAUACAGAUCGCCAAUCUUGAGACCACGGAGAGAGCCGGUGUCAUCUCUCGGAUGGAGGCCGACAUCGUAAGUAUGCUGAACGUCCUUGUCAAAUACUCUUAUUGA